ACUAAAAGCUCGUACGAAGUAUAAUAUACUUAAUAUAAAAUGCUAAGUGGAGUUCUGAGAACGACUAAUAAAUAUGGUUUAUUUGCGGCAAAAAAUUGUAAAAAUGUCUAUAUCAACAUCGUAAACCCCUCAAAAAGAUAUGUCUCUAUAAAAAUAAAACCAGCGAAAUCUAAGGAUCCUGGUGAAAUAAUCAAAUGGAUACUACUGAUGAUUCCUGCAACAUCAUUCGGUCUAGGCUGCUGGCAGGUGUACAGACUCCGAUGGAAACUGGAGCUGAUUGAUAUUAUGCAUGCAAAAUGUAAUGCAGCCCCCAUAGAGCUUCCUAAAGAUUUUGAAGAGCUAAAAAAAAUGGAAUAUCGGCCAGUGAAAGUGAGAGGAGAAUUUUUGUAUGACAAAGAAGCCUUAAUUGGCCCUAGAGCACUAGUAGAGAAUGAUGUAAUACUCCCAAGGACGGGAUCCCUUGUGUCUGAUCCCAAAAAAAAUCAGGGUUGGCUUGUUAUUACGCCAUUCAGGUUAGCCGACACAGGAGAGGUCAUACUUAUAAAUCGUGGCUGGAUUCCCAGUCAUCUCCGUCCCAGAGAGAAAAGAGAAUCAUCUAUGGUGAAGGGGGAAGUUGAGCUGACUGGAGUGGUUAGACUUACUGAAAAUCGGGGCCCAUUUAUGCCCAAAAAUAACCCAGUCAAAGGAUCUUGGUUCUAUAGAGACUUGGAGCAAAUGAGUCAUUAUUUCAACAGUAACCCAGUGUGGCUUGAUGCUCAGGGAAUUCCCGACCCACCCGCAGGAUGGCCUCUGCCUAACCAGACAAGAGUUACUCUACGCAAUGAACAUUUCUCCUACCUUGUUACUUGGUACCUGUUAUCUGCAUUUACAGGAGCUAUGUGGCAUCGUUACUUUAUAAGAAAAUUACCGCUUUUAUAAA